UCGGACAAGGGGGUUUCAUAGAUUGUACAUGGGAUAAUAGACACAACGAUGAUGACGGACGAGACGAGUAUCAACUACAGGCGGCGUAGUUGCCGCAGCCGUGAUCUAAUGCGUGGAAGCCAUACGUAUCUCGAUGGAACUCUGACAGUUUCUGAGCAUGCGCGUCCAGGUUGUGUUGAGGGGAUUCGUGGUUGGUCGGGUCCAUGGCGACGUCGUCACUACUGUCGUCGAUCUGUUGAACAACGUCGACGGACAUGUAGUUGCUCUUGCGUUUCCUCAGCCCUUCCUUGUACUGGUGGUCCGUCGGACAUGAUGAUCGUGGUGGCGCUGGCCUGGUCGACAUACUCCUGACGUCCACACCGUCGACGUACAUGAUGUGGCAGUUGGUGCUGUCGAGAGUUUGUAGUUUCUGUCGAGUUUUCAUGUGGUGUCGCAGCAGGUCCUUUGGUUGAGGUGAUGUGGGCGGCGUGGUAGGCUGGACGAAUGUAAGGCUCGCAAUAUGCACCGACGGAGACGACGACGAUGCAGGUGUCGUUCGCUCUGGUGCUUGGACGCCGCCGCGGGAAUGGUCAAAUCCGAUGUUGUUGAGUUGUUUUCGCAGCAGCGUGAGUGAGUAUUCCUCCGAUGGCGGCACCAUCACGAGGACGUCGUCGUCCCGAGAACACUUGACGUUGAGGCUAGCAGCACGGCUGAAGACGGCGCUCGCGUUGGCGUCGCUGAUAGGUGACGUGACAGCGGCGAUGACGGCAGUGGCGGGGCUGUGUCUGAACAUGCCGUCGCAAUUGUCUGUGGUUGUCCCAGCCCCAGAUCCCUGUGAAAGGUCGUU